AACAAAAUAGGACGGCUUCCACGUCUGAAUAUAUUGAAUGUGCAUGGAAGAAAAAAGAAUAAUUUAUUUUAUUUUAAUCAUUCACUUUCGCAUCCUCUUUUCUUUCGUCUUCCAUGCACUCCUCUCUGAUCUUACCAGGGCCGUUGAUACUGAACAAGAAAGGCGUAUCAAGAAAGAAUCACGUGACAUGAGACGCGCAAGCGCAGUUUUGAGUCCAGUGAAUAAAGAACUCAAAUCCAUUGUUCAUAAAUCAAAGAAAACAGAGAAGAAAAAGGAAAAAGAGAUUAUCACGAAAGUGGAAGAGAAACUUGAUACUGUUUUAGAUCAACUCCUUCAUACUGAUCAUCUGAAGUCUAUGGAGGAGACUGAAAAUACAGAGCGAGAAUGGCGAAUGCGACGAAUGGAAGACCUCACAGAUUUUGAUAAGGCUGAAGCUGACAAAACCCUACUGACCGAAGUCAAGACGAUGUCGAACGUGGCCAAAGCACGACGUUAUGUCGAGACCGAACUCAUGGGAGCUUUCCACGACCUCGAAGAAGUUCACGACGAAGUCGAACACGGAGUGGACGAUCUUUAUCGUGAGCUCAAGGAUGAUUUUGUUCUUUCGUUCAAACGCACCACACAUCUCAUGAAAGUUCAUGCUUUGGAAGAAAAUGAACGUCGAAGGCGUCUUCAGGAAAUUGAGAAAUUUGUAGAUGAGAAAAAGAGCGACCCCGUACACGAUAAAGCAAUGGAUUCCAAGGAUAUGAUGCAGGAUGAACUUACUAGAACCUUUGCCACUGUACAGUUAGCUGAAGCAGAAGAGGAGGAAACAUGUCGGGCAAGGACUGAGGUCAUGAUGGGGGAAGCUCUGGGAGAACUUCUACAUUGUCGAAACAGUCAACUUGCAGACAACGCAUGCGUGGAGGAACGAAAGCGACGAAUCAAAGAGGCGGAAUCAGAGCUUCAGUCGAGUCAUGUUGACCCGAUCAAGGAGCGCAUGCGUGAUGCUGUAAAACUAGUUCAAGAACAGAUGCUGAUCAAGAAGUUUCACGGCAAGAAAAUACAGCCUCGAUCUGAACCUCCAAACAAUGCUAGUUCAGAGGAAGAGAGUUUAAAUGACCAAAGAUUACGCCAGAUGAGGAUGAAAGCACGAAGAAAAUCAUGCGUUCAAGGAUAUUCGGAUGUAUAACAAUACCAUUCAAGCAUCGAUCUCCCUAGUCAUGUAUCUCAUCUCUUCAUAAACAUCAUCAUACACAGGGUUCCAAAACGCUUGGCUAUGAUAUUUUCUAUGGACGAAGCUUAAUUACUUAACAUUUUAGAAUAAGGCCAUAGUGAUGAAGGAGCAGCCUAUUAUUGUUAAUUACCGAAGUAUUUACCAGAAUUAACAUUAAAUACAAAUAAAAAUUGAACCUCGUUCGUUUGAGUGUUUCUCAUUUAUUUCUUUAAAACACCAGACAACACCAUAUCAUAUAUUGCACUCUCUUCUGUUAAUGUAUAUCAAUACACUAAUAAAUUAAGAAUAAGAAUUAAUGGAUCGG